AUGGCCGCGACGAUCCUUAACGGCAACCCCAAUCCCAGCUUCUUCCAAAGUCGCGGCCUCAACCGUUCUCGCGGGUCACACGGUAGACCCUCCGAUCGAGGCCACUUUCAGCGCCGCGAUCGAUCCACCGCGCCUAGGGUUCCGGCGGAGAACCUCGUCAUGGGCCAGGUCAAGAUUCUGAAGCGCGGCGAGCCGCUGACGGCGUUCUUAGGGAACAGAGGAUCAGAAGUCCCCGGGGAGAGCCGGGACCCCGAUCUAGGUCUAGGAUCGACGAGCCGUUUGGGCCCGGAUCCGGUGACCGUGCAGAAUCAGCUCCGGUUCUCUGAUCCACCGCUGGUUUACGGCGGGAACGGGGUCUACGUCAAGUCGCCACCCCCGAGUUCGGUACCAGUGCCAUGUUUUCUGCAGAAAGCCGGGACAGCGAGCAGCGAGUUGCGGCGGUUGCUGAGGCUCCACGCGGCAUAA